AUGUCUCCACCAGAAGAAGGUGCACCACCUGCCGAAGGAGCCCCACCUGCAGAAGGAGCACCACCCGCAGAAGGCGCACCUGCAGAAGGAGCACCACCAGCUGAAGGAGCACCUCCAGCCGAAGGAGCACCACCGGCCGAAGGCGCACCAGCCGAAGGAGCCCCACCUGCCGAAGGCGCACCCGCUGAGGGAGCCCCACCUGCUGAAGGAGCACCAGCCGAAGGAGCACCAGUACCUGAAGGAGAAAAACCAGCCGAAGGUUUCGAGACCUUUAAAAAGCUCGUGCUUAACGAAAAUUACGACAUAAUCGCCCUGCCCGAAACCGUGCUCGCGCCAACUGAGAACAAAGAGGUGGUCGCCAUCCCCAACUAUUCGCUCGUCGAGAACCGCAAAAAUAGCGGCGACGGUGUCGUGCUCUACAUUAAAAACUCCCUUAAAUACAAAGUGGUCGAUCUUACUAGCGAAAAUCCCGAAGCCCAUCUCAGUUUCGAAGACCUGCUCACGAAACUGCAACAGGGUGAGGCGGCGCCGCCUGCUGAAGGGGCGCCUGCAGAAGGUGCACCACCAGCAGAGGGAGCACCACCAGCUGAAGGAGCAGCACCACCUGCACCAGCACCAGCAGAAGGCGCUGUACCGGCAGAAGGCGCACCACCAGCAGAGGGCGCACUUCCAACGGCGGCACCAACGGCAGAGGGCGCACCACCAGCAGAAGGAGCACCGCCAGCGGCGGAAGCAACAGCUCCACCUGCAGCGGAAGGAGAAGCUCCACCACCAGCCCCAGCAGCAGAAGCAGCUCCAGCACCAGCGGAGGCAGCCCCACCGGCCGAAGCCGCACCCGCGGCUGAAUCGGCGGCCACGGAAGCUCCAGCCGAGGCACCACCCGCUGAAGCGCCACCUGUCGAGGCUGUUUCCGCUCCUGUUGUUGAGGCUGCUGCUUAAAGAAUUGAUGUUCUGCCAUGAUCUGUAUUAUUGCUACUUUACAUUUAAUUAUUUUUCCUACAUGUAUAUUGUUUAGUUUUUUGAGUUCAAUAAAUUAUUUUUAAGA